AUGAUGCCACGAUCCACAUCUCGUAACCAAAAAGCCAAGCUCGCAGCAGAUUACAAUGAAUUGCUCAAGGAGUUAUCUUCAACUGAAAUGUCAUCUGUGGGUUAUUAUCGUUUAGGAGAAACCAUUGGCCAAGGAACUUUUGGCAAAGUCAAAUUAGGCACGCAUCAACUGACAGGCCAAAGGGUUGCCGUGAAAAAGAUCAGCAAGCAACAUGCUCCCAUGAUUGCCCGCGAGAUUCAUCAUCAUCGUCAACUUCGUCAUCCCAAUAUCGUCACCCUGUAUGAGAUCAUUGUUACCGAAUCAUCCAUCUAUGUCGUUUCAGAAUACUGCCCGAACGGUGAAUUGUUCGAUGCAUUAGCAACAUGCGGAAGAUGCCCAGAACACUAUGCCCGAAAAUGGUUCUCGCAACUUGCAAGUGCCAUCAAAUAUUGUCAUGAACAAGGCAUUGUCCAUAGAGAUUUGAAGCUGGAGAAUAUCCUUCUGGAUGAGAAUGACAAUGCCAAAUUAUGCGACUUUGGCUUUGCGAGGCAAACGGAUAAUCGACAACUCUUGGAAACCUUUUGUGGAAGCCUUGCUUAUUCCGCCCCAGAGGUCAUUGAAAGGAAAAAGUAUACAGGGCCUGAAACCGACAUUUGGUCGCUUGGUGUGAUUUUGUACACGCUAUUGGCCGGCGAAUUGCCUUUUGACGAUGAUUCUGAAAUUAUGACCCAACGCAAGAUUGUCAAGGGGGUAUAUGAGAUGCCAUUUUAUUUCUCUACUGGUUCAGCCGAUCUUAUCCGAUCCAUGCUUCAAAAAGAACCAUCACAGCGAAUUACAAUCGACCAGAUAUUGGCUCAUCCAUGGUUGCAGGAGGCGGCUACAAAUGGUUCAGAAGAUACCGAUGACUGGAUAACCAAUGCAUCCUUGACACGCAAUUCAAGCCAAUGCGACCUCGAUUCAGUGUUUUCAGGGAAACAUGCAGCAAUGGAUGAGGAUGAUGGUUGCACUGAUAUCUCCAGUUACGACAGCUAUUCGAGUCUUUGUGAAAAGUCAACCAUGCAUGUGGAUAAUCGCUUAUGCCCUCCUUCUGCACAAGAAUCAGCAACCGCGUCCAGGUUCUCCCCACAAGUUCGCCAUAGCCUGGGUAUGCUGCGACAUGAUGACAUGAAACGUAAUGCUGCUCCACGAUCACCACGAUUCUCUGCUCCCAGUACAAUGAAUAUCAAGUCGCCACUAUCACCACCAUCGUCACCUUUAGGCAACCGAUCAUCCAUGCCGAGCACUUUGCCGUCAAGUUUUAUCAACUCCCUUUGUGAUGUACCACGACAUGACGUACCUUCCAUGACUGCCAAUGAACAACAUUUGGCUGUGGCAUUGACGGCUGCAGGUGUGGAUAGCGAGACGAUUAAAGAGAUGCGAAAGGGCACAUGCGAUUCCUUGAAUGGCUUGUGGACAAUGCUGCUUGAGAAAUCUUCGGCAAAAUACGCAAAGGAAGGAUUUGCUACUGUUUUGCAACGUCAACAGCAACAAAAUACAUCACGAAUCCCUAUCCAAUUACCAACCAAGUACGCCACUAGCUGCAAUGCAAGCGAUGAUAGCAACCAAAAAACACCAUCCUCACGUAUUAAAAUUGAUGCUACGACACAAACAGCUGAUCACUAUCAUGCAUCAUCUACAACACCAUCACGUCAUUGUGUUGCUAUGCAACCAUCGCCUUCGCAACCGUCACCACAGCAACAACGUCGUACAAUGAGUCAUGUUCGAGGUGGAGGUACCAUGCCAAUCAACAACAAUCGUUCCCCACCAGAGAAACAGGCUGCUGGAUGGUUUAGUGCCACGGUCAAGGCAUUGUUUGUUGGUAGCAACAAUGAAUCUGAACGCCAUCAGCGUCGGGGAUCGAGAACUUUCAGGAACGUGGAUGCACCACCCUCCAGCAAUGGUAGUUCCAGAAAGCGGUAUUGGGAUGAUUCUGAGAACCAACAACAGCAUCAGCAGCCAUACAAUGGAAAGGAUGUUGUGGCUCAUCGCAACAUGAACCACAAAUACAGGCUACACAUGCUACAGUUUUCAGAUCCACCCGCUGGUGAACUAGAUCAGCUCAGCUACAGCAAUGAAAAAUCACGCCUUUUACGUCAACAGGAUCAUCGUAUUUCACAGCAGCCUCAUCAUCACGCUUCAAUGCAUCAUCAUCCUAGUCAACGACAACAACAGCAGCGGCCAUCUUCUCAUGAACCACUGAUUCCACCUAUAGCACGCACUAUCAUCAAGCCAGCCACUGAGAUCUUGCCUUUGAUGACCGAAGCUGAUUCUUCAACUUCAGUGACCAUGCGUAAAAAACGGUAUUCAACUACGCCUUAUCGUCCAUCGAUUAAUGAUCGUGCGUCUGAAGAGGAGGAAUUGGUAUGUGUGCCUCCUAUUGCAGCAUCGGCUUUAUCCACACCUCCUUCAUGUCAGCAGCAUGUUCAUCGUGAGGAAGAUAAACAACAACAAUCAGAUGUCAUAAACACCUCAUCUCAACAACAACAACAACGCCCCCCACAAAUCGUUACACCUCUAUCACCAGUCCUUUCAGCACUUUCACCUUCUUCAUCCACAUCUUCUUCCACUGAUGAAGAUGAUCCUGCUUCACCUGUUUUAUCACUUCCGGUUUCUCAAGCAAAGCAACCUAUCAAGAACAUUACCCCAACUACUACUACACUCUCCAAUGUUUGUCACAUGCAACAGGCAAGCACAAGUCUUAGACGUCCCGAGUUUAUGCCACGCUCAAGACUCAAUGUUUACGGGAUGAGUAGUGGUGGUGGCGGUAGUGCAAACAGCUUUGCUUCCAAGGCCAUCAUUGAAGAGGACGAGGAAGAAGAAUAA